CAGCAAUACACUGAAGUGGUAGGAUUUCAAAGUUUAAAGACGAACUGUUUUGUUCCAGGGGAAAUUGAUGCCCCGAUGCUCACUCUACUGCAGUCUACGUUCCCUGGUGUCCCGAUCACUGCUGACAUUGUGGAGGGUAGCUCUCAGCUCACAGACAACUUCAAAGCUUUGGUAGCAAAGACCACCAACCUUCAGAAGAGCCCAUUUGCUUGGUAUAUCAUGCACAGUGAGGACUAUGAGAGGCAAGUCAAAGAAAAAGGACACUUGAAGACUUUUGACUUCAUACACAUGAUUCAGAUGAUCUACUUUGUGGAUAACCUCGCCAGCACCAUCAAGUUCUACCAUAGCCUUCUGAAGAACAAUGGCCGGCUAAUGAUCAUUGUUGAAGCAGACUUACGGUGGCUGGCGCACCCUGUGGAGACAUACAAGAAAGAUUUCUGUGUUGACGCCAUCCAAAAAUACCGCUCAUCAGGAGAGGUAAGUGCCUGCCUGAAGAGCCAGGGUCUGAAACAUUAG